CACACUUGGACGAGCGCUUAUGCUAUAACUAUAUCUCUUCACUUCAGUCGUCCACGGCAACGCCAGCAACUGCGCCCAUGCUGGCUAAUAUUCUGGGGCUUGCGCUGUUGGGUGCCGGCGUGGUGGCGUCAGCUUUUCAGGUCACUUUGGGCAAUACAUCUGCACCAGUGGUCAACCUAGUCUAUGCCCAGUACCAAGGCUCAUUCAAUGCGACGUCUAACAUCACCAGUUUUUUGAACAUCAGCUAUGCCGCACCUCCUGUAGGCAGUCUUCGGUUUCAGGCGCCACAGCCCCCCCUGAACAUAUCUGGUUUCCAACAAGCAACCUCAUGGCCGGACAUGUGCCCUCAGGCCGACUUUGGCGCUAGCAAUACCUCCCCUGUUCCGGUGUAUGGGAUCGCGAAACGGAGUUUGCCGACUCCUGCGGCGUCUGAAGAUUGUUUGUACCUGAAUGUAUGGACACCAGGAACGCUGGAAUCCGCCACGAACCGUUCCGAAGGCGGAUACCCAGUUUUGGUCUGGAUUCAUGGCGGAGGAUACGUGCAAGAAUACUCGGCCAUGUACAACGGAGCAGACAUUGUCUUGGACGGAGACAAUGGCGUUGUGGUCGUCGUCAUUCAGUAUCGACUUGGGCUCUUUGGCUUCCUUGCCGGGAGCGAAAUGAAAGAGCGGGCAGCCCUGAAUGCUGGCCUUCUGGACCAGCAGUAUGCGCUGAAAUGGGUACAAGAGAAUAUUGCUGCCUUUGGUGGCGACCCGUCCCAUGUCACGAUUUGGGGGGAGUCCGCAGGCGCGGGCUCCGUUCUUCAGCAUAUUGUUGCAAACGGCGGGAACACACAACCUCCGCUGUUCCAUGCCGGAAUAACCAGCUCGACGUUCCUUCCCUCGCAAUAUGCUUACAAUCAUCGUGUUCCAGAAUACCUCUACAGUCAAGUUGUCACUGAGGCAGGAUGCGCUUCAAGCACCGAUACCUUUGCCUGCCUUCAACAUGCCGACGUUAACUUACUGGAACAAGCCAACCAAAACGUGAUGCUGAGCGGGUUUUACGGCACCUACCUCUUUGUCCCUGUAGUCGAUGGAGAAUUCAUCACUGAUCGGCCCAGUGUGCUCCUCGAGGAAGGGAAAGUCAACGGGGACCUUCUGCUCGCGUUUGGCAAUGCAGAUGAGGGCUACCUUUUCGUGGAUCAGAACGAGACGAUGUUAUUCCCUGAGUACAUUGCUAAUGUCUUCCCCGAUAUGACUGCGGAGAUGGUGGACAUUGCCAGCCAAAUCUAUGACGGUUACGGUACACCCGUCGAGCAGGCCACAUUGGCCAUGGGCGAUUCUAUCUUUGUUUGCCCCACUUACUACCUCAUGGAUGCAUUUGUUGGCCGGACCUGGAAGGGUAUAUUCGCUAUUCCACCCGCGUAUCAUGGCCAAGACUGCAUAUACUAUUUCAACGCAAACCCUCCGCCAUACGACAACGCGGUCUUCAUCAAGGCGUUCUCACAGUCCUUCCUUUCUGUGGCAAGGUCAUACGACGUUAAUGUCAAGUUCGACCCAAGCAAUAUCACCCCGUACUGGCAACAACACUUUGUUGGAAACUUCGAAAUGCUGUUUAAUCGCACAGAGGACUAUCAACCAGUGGUUGAGCCUGUAAAGACUGAUCCAUCAUUGCUACGACGUUGCGCGUUUUGGCAAAGCGUCACGAGCAUGACUGCACAAUAACCUGGCUAGGGCUGUAUCUAGAAGUUGGACUGCGUCGGACCUAGUAUAUCAUCCCUGAGCCCAGUUUAGAACGGUUUGAGAGAGGGCCCACGUUCUUUGUUUUUUGUCGUUGUUCCGUCGGGAUGCGUGAAGUUACACAAAGCUACGCGCUUUCUUUAACUCUCUUGCACUGCAUUGAUCUUCC